UAUCACUUUGUGUUGUCCACACUCAGCUUACUUACUGUGGCGAUCAAUUUAAGUCGGUUACCAGCUUGUAAAUGUAUGAACUGUUUAUAUUAAUUUGUUUCAAGAAAGCACAUUGACAGUGAAAACUGAGAAGGCAACGAGCAUACAAGCUCAGCCUGCAUUUUGUUUGAUUAUUUGCCUGUGAGGACUAGGGGAAGACAUGAGCCGCUCACUCGAAAGCUUUCGGCUUUCCACUCUGAAUGCUGGAAGAUUUAGGAAAAAUGUUUGGCAAAAGUAAUAUUGAAGAAGGGGAAGACCCAGCUUUUCAAAGAUGGAAGUCCCAUGGUUUACAGCGGCGCUGUUGACAGAAUAAUUGGCCGACCACCACCAAUAACUGGAGAUGUUGUGUUGGUCUCUGAUGGAUCUGAGAAACCGAUUGGAUGGGGUCUAUACAAUUCGACAUCCAUGUUCUGCGUUCGCCUUAUGCAGCUAGAAGACGAGGCAAUAAGGGAUGCAUCUUGUGCAUUAGAUGUGGAAAAACUGCUUGAAAGAAGGUUAGAUGAUGCCCUUAAAUUAAGGAGGAGUUUAGGGCUUCCAUCAGCUGAUACAAAUGCUUAUCGUCUUGUCAAUAGCGAAGGGGACAGAUUGUCUGGCUUAAUUGUUGAUGUUUUUGGUGAUAUUGCUGUUGUAGCUUCAUCUGCUGCUUGGGUUGAGAAAUACAGACCUGCCGUAGAAUCAUCCAUUGGUAGGAUUAAUGCAAUAUCUCAUAUUAAUUGGAGGCCAUCUAUUGACAUAUUAAAAGAAGAAGGAUUGAAUGUGUCAAAUCUCAAGAACUUCAAGGCAUGUUCUCAUUUGGAAAAAGUUAAGGUAAUUGAAAAUGGCAUAUUCUACACAGUUUCACUGGAGGGCCAGAAAACUGGGUUUUAUGCAGAUCAACGUGAGAACCGCUGCCUCAUACAUUCCAUCUCAAAGGGUCUGAGGGUACUUGAUGUUUGUUGCUACAGUGGUGGUUUUGCUCUAAAUGCAGCAGCAGGGGGUGCUGAUGAUGUCAUUGGCAUUGAUUCUUCCUUGCCUGCCUUGGAACUUGCAAAAGAAAAUGCUCAAUUAAAUAAUUUUGAUCCAGGCAGAGUCUCGUUUUUGAAAGAAGAUGCUGUAGAAUUUAUGAAAAAGGCUGUAUCCCAAAAUGAAAUGUGGGAUUUAGUUAUUUUGGAUCCUCCAAAACUAGCACCUCGACGAAAGGUUCUGCAAAGUGCAUCUGGCAUGUAUAGGAGUCUGAAUUCGCUAGCAAUGCAAAUCACUAAAAGAGGUGGUCUUCUCAUGACAUGUUCUUGUUCUGGAGCUAUGACUCAAAGUGGUUUAUUUCUACGAACCCUUCAGGGAGCUGCAACAAUGGCGGGCAGAAAGAUAACAGUGCUACGCCAUGCAGGAGCAGCUUGUGAUCAUCCAAUCGAUCCAUCAUACCCAGAAGGAGCAUACCUCACCAAUUACUUGCUGAGAGUACUAUGAAAGGUUCCUAACGCAUUCCUUAGAGAGAAUUUUGUAUAAAACUCCCUAUAAUUCUAGUUUUGUUGAUGACAUUUAUUUUAUACAAGGAGAAUCACUUUUCCUUCUUUUAUAAA